AUGGCCGCCCGAGAGGAGCACAUCAUUGCGCACACUGGCCAGGCACCAUCGCACGCCGCUACUUACUUUGUCGAGAGGCUCGUGAAGCGGCCCGAGAUCAUGAUGCUUCUUUCUUUUGGGUGUAAUUACCAUCUGUGGGUUAUGAUUCUCUAUCUCUCAUCAAGGAACACUGUUCCUGCCACGUCUUGGACUGGAGCCGGGCCCGCAGGCGACAAAACCCUCAAGAUCAGCGAAGCUGCGGGUCACGGGAGGAACUUUCGUCCCGAAAGUCUACUUACUCCUGCGGUCUCACACGACAUGCAGCAAGAGCCGGGGAAACUCCCCGAUAGUCCACUAAGAAAGCCGAGAAUCAUGCCGGUCCCGAGAAGCCGGGAGUGGGCCUGCGGCCAGGUCGCCUGCCUCCCCAUGAAGCGAGAUCAAUGCCUCAUUGGCGCUUCAUACGAGAAACACACGAGAAGAAUUUAAGAUGCUGAGCAAGCCGCUCGCUAAGUAGUCCGACUCUGAUGCGGCGAGAAGGGGCCUUGAGGAAGAGAAUCUGGAAAGCGAUCCUCGUUGGAUGGAAGGGCGGUCCAGCUGCCGGAGACUCCAGCGAGUCCUGGUC